GUUGGUUUUUCAAACACGGUGAUGACAUCUUGUGUCUAUGCCCCAGUGAGUUGGGUUGCACUGAUCAGAGGUCACCGGGAGAUGCUGCUGUUGCGUUGCUCUUAGAGGAUUUAUGGUUUAUUCCCCCACACAGAGGAAUCGGACUCCUGAGUUCCAUGCCCAUUUGCUUAGGUUUUUGCCCUGGGAUCUAAUUUGGCAGCAAUCAACACAAUGUCCUACCCCCUGAGUCACUUUCCAGGAGACGUCCCCCUAAGAAAGAUCUCCCCUCUUUCUCCAAAAGUCUCCACGUGUGCUGACCAAUGGCUCAAUGCAAGAAUGAAGGCAUUAGCGACUACUUCUGCCUUCCAAACUACGGUGAUAGAAGACCAGAAUACACAGGAGGCUGUGGACUCAAAACAUCCACUGGACUAUCUGUCAAGGAAAAGAGAGAAUGAUCGGCUUUCUGGUGUUAUAAAGCAAAGGAAGAGGCAACUGCCAAAGAGCACACUGGUGAAAAAUAUUUCCGCUAUAAAGCCAAAUAAAUGUCCAAUGGGGUGUAAGGAUCUAGCAGAUAUAUUAGAUCUUAUUGCAAGAAACUGCUGCAGGAACAUUAUCGUUAUGGCUGGAGCCGGGAUAAGCACAGCUAGUGGGAUACCGGAUUUUAGAUCACCUGGCUCAGGAAUCUAUGACAACCUGCAAAAGUAUGACAUUCCAUACCCGGAAGCCAUUUUUGACAUCAACUACUUUGUAUGUAACCCAAAGCCUUUCUUCCACCUGGCCAAGGAACUGUACCCCGGGAAGUACAAACCCAACCUCGUCCACUACUUUGUAAGGCUGCUGCACGACAAAGGUCUGUUGCUGAGAUGUUACACCCAGAAUAUUGAUGGCCUAGAAAGAUUGGCUGGCAUUCCUGUUGAAAGAAUCGUCGAAGUGCAUGGCACCUUCUCAUCAGCAUCUUGCAGCUUGUGCUACACCCCAUUCCCAGCUAAUGAAGCCAAGGAGUUGAUCUUUGAUGGGAUCCAUCCCUGCUGUACGUUCUGUUCUGGGCCUGUGAAACCAGAUAUUGUGUUCUUUGGAGAAGACCUGCCAAAAACCUUCACCCAAGCUUACCAGGACUUUCCCAAGGCUGACCUCCUGAUUAUUAUGGGGACGUCAUUGAAGAUCCAACCAUUUGCCAGCUUGGUGAAUAUUGUUAAACCUAGCAUUCCGCGGCUUUUAAUUAACAGGGAAAAAGUUGGUCCCUUUGCAAAGAAACGCUUACGGAGGAGAGAUGUAGCGGAAUUAGGUGACCUAUGUGACAUCACCCAUACAAUGGUUAACGGGUUAUGUUGGGAAGAGGAACUAGAGAAACUAAUGAAAUCCCCCACGGAGCAGGCAACUGGACACUAACUUCAACUGAGAAUAUCAGCAUUGUAUCCUGCCUUUCUGCCACACCCCUGAUCCAAAGAAGCUCCACCCCCGGCAGGCAAAUAUUGUCUAUUAGAAGAACUGAGGAUGGAAAAACAUAUAGCUUCCCACCAGAGACUUAUUUUAUAUUUCUUGGAUACUGGAGGAAGGAGACGUUUACAUUACAACAUGCUGCUGGGCUUUUGUUACAAAUGUAUGUAAAAUAUAUAUAUUUAUUUAUAAUAGUGAUGUUUAUUUAUAUUGAACCCCUUUUUUAUGAAUUUUAGAAAGAUUUGGGAAUAAAACGGUUUUAAUGAA